UAUUCCGUUGCAUUUGUCCAAUCAAAGCACAAGUUUCAUAGUCAUUUCGAGCCCGAAGCAUUAGAACAUUUACAAAAUUGCUACACCACCAAGGAAUGGCUAACUUCUGGUACCGUCAUGGACUUGCUGUACAUCCUCAGCCCGGUCGCAAAUCACAACAUUCUUGAGAUCCCGCCCGCGCUCCGGCAAGAUCUAAGGUUUUGGCUACCAAUGGAAGUUUUUGAGAACCCCGAACUUACGAGUUUGCGAGAUCUUAGCGUCGCUCGUAAAACGUCGUCGUUACUCAGAAUAUCUCCAACAUCUAUUGUUUUAUAUAUUGUAUCAGCCUUAUGA